AUGCCGAUCGCGCUGGAGAGCGGCGCCCUGCUCGGCCGCGGGGUGCCGGCGGCGUGCGCCGGCUCCUCUUCGGCUGGGCAGGGCAGCAGCAGCCAGGCGGAGGCCGUGCACCUCGAGGAGUCGGAGGAGAGCGAGGGGGAGGUGCAGAGCUCGCUCAGAGGCCCCUUCGACACCAUGGACGCGCUCCAGGAAGCCCUGCCCCGCAGGAGAGAGUCGUCCAAAAUCUACAAUGCCAAGCCCAGUUCUUUGGCAAGUGCUCGGGAUGUUGUGCUGUCACCUCAAUCAUCAAAAGGGCUUGCUAAUCCUGAAAACCCCUCCCCUAAGAAGCGCAAGGGUCCUCUGCCAUUCAGCAUCGACCAGAAUGAGUCGCAGAGCAAAGAGCUGAACCCUGUUGCUGUUGGGGAUAUCAACAACAGCCCAACGAAGUGCAGGAUGCUAUCGUCUCCAGCUGCUACAAGCAGUUCUCCAUCAAAGAGCAGGAAAAAAGAUGAGCAUGAGUGCUGUACCCACAUGCCUUGCCAUAACCUGCAGAGAGAAUUCAGUGACAUGAAUGUCUUUUCUUCUCCACCUGUUGGCCUUCAAACACGACCGAUCUCAGUGUCAACCGCUGGUCAGCAAGAUGUGGGGGCGUCGACUGAUGUGGUUUCUCCCAGGGAAAAGCGCAGGAAGAAUUAA